AUGCUAGUUACCGUAUUUCUGCUUCUCGCUGGUAUCCAUCUCCUGGACAGCUUCUCACUUCCGGACCGUUACGGAGAUGCCAAAGCUUACGCUGUUAUGUACCGGGCAGUACCAGAUGGUGACCCUAUUGUACCUAUCGGUAUCGUUUAUUUCACAGAAAUCGGGAACGUAGUAGUUGUGGAGGGAACGUUAUAUGGCCUAUCGCCAGGACCUCAUGGGUUUCAUGUGCAUGAAGAAGGAAGUCUAGGGAAUGGAUGUCUAGAUGCUGGUGGGCACUUCAAUCCUACGAAUGAAACCCAUGGUGCUCCAAGUGAUGAGAUACGGCAUGUUGGAGAUCUCGGGAAUGUUUAUGCACAGAACGGCGGGAUCGCAGUCAUCUACAUGCAUGACCCCGUAAUCUCUCUGACUGGUGACGACAGCAUCGUUGGAAAAUCACUUGUGAUCCACGAAGGCGGAGAUGAUUUGGGUCUCGGUUCGGAUCCAAGUAGUCAAGAGACUGGCAAUUCUGGCGGACGUUUCGGCUGCGGAAUCAUCGUUGCCAGAUGA